GAGAAUUGCGGGACCGAGACGCCGACGGCCGUCGGCGCCGUCGAACAGCGGCGCGCUCCACGGGCCCGCGCGCCGUGCGACACAACAACCCCCAUAAAUCACCUCUAGACCACUCUCCUGAAACCCCUAAACCACGCGCCGUAAAAAAUGUCCGUCGUCUCGAGCAGCGACGCCGGCGGGCCCUGGGGCUACGACAAGCGGCAGCAGCUCGCCGCGCGCGUCACGGAGCUCAACGCCGAGGGCCUGCGGCGCGUGCUCGUGCUCAUCUUCGGCGACGCGCCCAUGCGGCCCAACGACGAGUUCACGGUCGACUUCGAGCGCCUCGACGCGCCGAUCUGCGACGUGCUGGACGACUACGUCGGCGCGGCGGCGGACGACCGCGCGUUCCGCCGCGCGCGCGCGGCCCUGGGGCUCGACGCGUCGCCGCCGCGCGACGUCGCGCCCCUGCCGGACAGCCCCGCGCCCAAGGCGCCCGCGCCGGCGCCGGCGCCCGCGGCGGCGGAAGCGCCGGAACCGUCGCCCUCGAAGAAGCGCGGCCACCGGGAGGUCGAGAUGCUCUCGGCGGGCCCCCCUCCCUCCAAGUUCGUCAAGAAGAAGAAGGUCGACCCCGCGGUCAAGGCCGCCGCGGACGCGAAGAAGAAGGCCGAGGCCAAGGCCAAGGCGGAAGCGAGGGCGAAGGCGAAGGCGGAAGCCGAGGCCAAGGCCGCCGAGGCCAAGCGCCAGGCCAAGGCCAAAGCCGAGGCCGAGGCCGCCGAGGCCAAGCGCCGGGCCGAGGCCGAGGCCGCGGCCGAGGAGGCGAAGCGGAAGGCGAAGGAGGAGAAGGCGAAGAAGGCGCGCGAGGCCAAGGAGGCGCGCGAGGCCGACGCGCCGGCGGACGAGGCCCUGGCGCGCAUGGCCCUGCUCCAGGCCGCGGCCAAGGCCACGUUCGGCGCGCUGCCCGCGCGGCUCGAGGUCCGGGGCGGCGGCGGCUACGAGGCGGCGUCGGUCAUCGCGCAGGCGAAGCGCGGCGCGAGCCACCGGCACCUCGCCCUCUUCGACGGCGACCUGAGCCUCCAGUGGCUCGACGCGUCGGGCCCCCGCAAGGCCAAGUGGCGCGCGGUCGACGCCGCGCGGGCCGCGCCGUCGGCCGCGGGCGUCGGCCCCGCUACCUGCGACGCCGUGCUCUCCUGGCUCGUGUCCCUCGACGUCGCCGAGCCCCUGCUCCACAUGGACCCGCACCUGCGCACGCUCCUGCCGCGCCACGUCGCCAAGUGCCGCGACCUGCCCGGCGGGUCGACGCUCCAGCGGUGCCGCGACCGCCUCGCGCGCCGCGCGUACGUCGACGCGGGCCACUUCGCCGCGGACGUGCGCGCCGUCCACGCCACGGUCCUCGCCCUCUGCGCCAAGACGCCGCCGCCGUCCUGGCGCGCCGACGGCGGCACCGCGCGGCGAUCCGGCCCGGACCUCGAGACGAUCCUCCACUGCGCGCAGGUCUUCGCGUCCGCCUUCGAGACCAAGUGGGCCGCGGUCCUCGCGACUUCCUCGUCGGCACCCGGCGGGCCCGACGCGCGCGCCGCGGCGGCGGCCUGGCGCGCCGAGCGGUCGCGCGCGCCCGCGGCCGCGGCCGCGGACGUCGCCGGCGGCGCGGUCCCCGCCCGGGAGGCCGCGCUCGGCCGGGCCGUCGAGGUCUACUGGGACGGCGAGGACGAGUGGUUCCGGGGCGUCCUCGCCAAGUACCGCGACCGCGACGACAAGCACUGGUGCGACUACGACGACGGCACGUCCGAGUGGAUCCGCCUCGCGGACCACGCGGUCCGCCUCGCGACGGGCGACGCGGCCGUGGGGGCGCCGCCCGCCGGCGACGGCGACGGCGGCGACGACGCGGCGGCGGGGGGCGUGUCCUGCCAGAAGCUCGGCAUGCUCGUCUGGGCCAAGUCGGGCGCGUACCCGUGGUGGCCCGGCGAGGUCUGCCUCCAGACCGUCGACGAGAUCAUGGACGCGUUCCCGCCGGGCGCGGGCGGCGACGGCGCCCACGCGCGCAAGUGCACGGUCCUCUACUUUGGGGAGACCCAGUUCGACAUGGUCGAGCCCGAGAGCCGCGUCCGGCCCUUCGACGCCGCGAACCCGCGCGAGCUCGCCAAGGUCAAGCCCCCGGCGGACCUCAAGCUCGCCAUCAAGCUCGCCAUCGCCCGGUCCAAGGAGCUCCGGGCCUCGGGCGCGGACGACGACGGGGGGAGCCUCGCGCUCUAAGGCGCUUUCGUGC